AUGACGUGUAGGAUCAUUAAUUCUACCUGGAAAUAUAUUGAUGUAGUUCGCCUCGAUCCUGCCGAAGAUGUGCUUGUUGCUCGGGUAAAUGGAUCUACCAUAAGUCAGCCAUUAUCUCCCAGAGUAACCACUAGUAUGAGUUCGGGAAAUGUGGUCGUUGAUUUUACCGCUGUGGAGUGCACUGAUGCAGGAAAUUAUGUCUGUGUAUUGAAUGAUGACGCAUCAGCCAAGAUUCAAUCACCAGAUUCAGUCUUACAAGUCCGACGUCCUCCAUCAGUUCCGACGCUUGACUUGAAUGCUCACCAAAUCGUUGGCUCAACCUUGAACGCUUACCAUAAACACAAGUGUUUGGGAGAUGUGGGUUAUCCUGCUGGAGAGUUCAAAGUUCAGUAUGCAGCCUCAGGAUCUUCAAUAUUCAGUGAACUUUCCGUCUCAAAUAUUAAAACCACACCGAGUGAGUGGCUCUGUAACAGUACUGAACGAACGAUGGAAUUUGAGAUAGACUUCCAGGCAGACAUGGACGGGGGAGUGAUCAGAUGUGACAUACAUAAUCCUCUUUUUAGUUCAACAACAUACUCAAAUAACGUAACAAUUGAGUUAAUUCCAGGUGAUAUUUGCAAAACGACAAAUGAGGAUACGAUACAUCAUCCAAGAAACUGCAAGAAAUAUGUUACAUGCUAUAAUGAGCCGCGGGGUUACACUUGUGGUGGAUCGUGUGUUAAGAUUGACAACGGAAUUUUUCAGUCAUGUGUUGAAUGCAGUGAGGACGUUUGUCCUAGAGAUGAAGAAACAACUACACCAGGGACAACAACCGUUUCUGGACCAUCGUACCUGAUUUGUGAUGAUAUGUCGGGAUAUACUGGUGAGGCUGCCUUUCUUCAAUGCCGUAUAACAAGUAACGAUUUCGACACAGUUAUCCUUUCGCAUACAUCCGAAACAUCUACGGAUUCAGUGUCUUUAUGGAAACUCACAAAAUCAUCCUCUGCUAAAAUGACAACAGAUUCUAUAUGGACUGAUCUCAAAGUUACAUAUCACACUGAUGGCUCGAUUAAAUACAUUAACACUACCGUAUCUACUGUAGCCUGCGAAAUGAGUGGAAAGUUUCAUCUGAAUUUAACAAUGGGUGAACUUUCCUCAGUAACAACCUCCAAUAUCAACGUUUUAGUUAAACCGACUACUGCGCCAGCAAUAUCCCAAAGGAAGUAUCUAGAUGCCUCCACUGGGCAUAUUGAAUGUAAGGGUGAAGUGGGAAACCCGCCUGUCCAAAUGGCUCUUCAAAUCGCAAAUGGGACUUCAAAUAGCUCAGUUACACUGACGUCAGCGCCAGCUGGUGACGACAUAAAGGAUAGGUGUACAUUCAGGAGAACGAUCAGGUCAACUGCAUCCCUCGCCCUGCUAAAUGGAACUGAUGUAACAUUUGUGAGUCUACCAAUGCCUCGUUCAUCCUCCAUCCAUACGAUUGCCAUCAAUUCAUCCAGUGCGGGGACAGUACCACCACUGAAUCAGCAUGCCCAGGAACUACAUGUUUUACAAUACCUGGUAACAGUUGCAGCCAUAAUUGUAGUAGGUGUCCAUAGAUUUUAUAAUAACGCUGGGUGA